AUGAGUGAGCUGUUAGGUAGUCAAGACUGCAUCAAAAGCCUCCAAAAAGAUCUGGCGGACAUCCAAGCAGCCAUCGUGGACGUCUUUUCCAGAACAGGACCGGUCAGCUUUACCUCUUGGAAGUUCCCUGACAAACUCUCCUGUAAUGUGGACAUGUUGGCUCUGCUGGAGGAGUACGACUAUGUAGACGGAGAGGAUGCCUUCAAUCAGCACUCCCACAUUGUUUUACUGGAAUUAGUGAUUGACAGAUUAUUGCUACUUCUACAAAGUGUUAGUGUUUACAAUGAGGUGCCGAGAGGCAGACAGAGAGGAGAGCAAACCCAGCAGACAACAUACUUGUCAGUUGGACUCGUGGUCAAGAACUACUGUGGGAAUUUACUCCUAUCAGCCAACAAAAAGGAGCCCUUUAAAGAUACAAAGCCAUUUGACUCCAACAACACAAAUAUGGUGCUGUCCAACCCUGCUAUAACUAGCUCGAAGACUGAACUUAGUAGCUUUUGUGCAUCUGCCUUGUCUUCAGCAAGCUCAUUUGAUUUUGUCCCACAAACUAACAACACUCCAUGCUAUCCUAAAGCUGAGCAGCAUCAUGUGAGCUGCCAGACAACAAGUUCGUCCCUUAUUCCCUGCAGCGCUUGCCAUCAGGUGCAGUCCCUUUUGAGAAACACGGGAGAUGCAUUGAUAGAUCUGUUACAGAGUGAGGGUUUGCCCUCAUCUCUGCAGCCUCUCGCAGCAGCUAUGGAGGACAUUGUGGGUGACAUGACAUCAGGCGAUGUAGCCCAGUGGGCCGAAGAGCAGCUCCGGGACACGAGCCGGCUGACCAAACAUCUUAAGGAUGUCCAGGGUACUGUGCAGCCUCUUGAAGAAAGAAUUGCCGUAGCUGAAAUGGAACGUGACAGUUUCAAAUCUGAGCUGGAAAGUGCACAGAAACAAUUCAAGCAAGAGCUGGAAAAACACCAAAUAAACUCUGUCCAGCUGGAGUUUUCUCUACGGAAAGCACAGAGAUCCUCAAAAGAAACAGAGCAAAGGCUACAAAAGGAGCAACAACAGCUGAAGAGAGAAAAUAUGUCCCUGGAGGAGACUAAUAACAGACUAAAGGAGAAAAUAGCACUGCAACAUGACAGCUUACAAGUGCUUGAAACUGAAAAGAAAGCACUCCAUGAGAAAGUGAAGAACCUGCAAACAGAGAAAGAGGCCUGCUGCAGACUGCAGGAACAGAUCCAACAGCUAGAAACUCAAGUUUCUGAUGCUACAUUUCUUCUUGACAAGGAGAAGGCCAAGUACAGGAGCGCCUGUCGUCAGCAGGAGUCAAUGCUGGCAAAGCAAAAGUCGUUGCUGGAAAGAGUUGAUGCUCUCGAUGAAGAGUGCGAAGAGCUGCAGAGGGAGCUAGGAGAGAAAGAGGAGGAACGGAUCACCUUACACAAUCAGAUGUCAGAGGUGGAGGAACAGCAGGCUCAGCUCAUGCAGCAGCAGAAUUUGUGUGAGGAGCUCCAGAAGGAGAAGCAGACAUUAGAAGUAAAUGCGGAUGAGUUGAAAAAGCAAGUGGCUGACCUGACAAGGCGUGUGGACUCUUUAAAGGAGAGGGAGAGACUGCUGGUGGCUUUCCCAGAGCUCAACAACUGGUCCCAGGCCCAACCUCAGAGUACAGGAAACUUGAUUUUGGAUAUGGAGCAACAGCUUCAAGCAAACAGAAUUCGUAUAAAAGUGAUGGAACAGGAAAAUGCUACUCUGCACAAAAGUCUUGAGAAAUUGAAAACAAGAGCUCAGCAAAAUGCCUGCAGGGUAUGGAUGUACACAAAGGAGUUUCAUGUGAAGUAGAUCAUGCACCGUUGGGAUUAUUAUAACUCAUUUGUAAUGUAUGUGUCUGAAUAGGAACCUGCACCUCUGCAGACAUGAAGCCAGUUUUAUUCCUUGGAGUUUCAUGUAAAAAACCAGAUCAACGUGGAUGCAACUGACUAAAUAAAAACCUUAUUGUUGAAAAAACUGA